AGGCUGAAUCGGACGGGCUUAAAGCACUAGAGGUGAAGGAAGAGCCCAUUUGACAAAAAUUGUCUAUAAUUAGUCUAUUGCAAGACAAAUUUAAGACGGCAAUCUUGCAUCCAUCCGAAGCCAAACGCGCUGGGUAAUCCCAAUCUUCUCUUUGUGAAAAUUCCUCUAGCUGAUUCGUUCUUAAGCUUGAAAAAUGGGAGUUAAACAGGCGAUAAAGAGCCUGGAUGCGUUUCCUCGCGCAGAAGAACAUUUAUUGCAGAAAACGCAAUCUGGAGCUCUUGUUUCCAUUAUUGGGCUUGUUAUAAUGGCUACAUUAUUCUUGCACGAGUUGACAUAUUAUCUAACUACCUACACGGUUCAUCAGAUGUCAGUGGACUUGAAGCGUGGAGAAACACUUCCAAUUCACAUAAAUAUUACAUUUCCUUCUUUACCUUGUGAUGUAUUGAGCGUGGAUGCAAUUGACAUGUCAGGCAAGCAUGAAGUAGAUCUUGAUACAAACAUAUGGAAACUUCGCUUGAACAGUUAUGGUAAUAUCGUUGGCACUGAAUAUUUGUCUGACCUUGUAGAAAAGGAGCAUGCUGAUCACAAACAUGAUGAUGAUAAAGAUCACCAUGAGGAUUCCGACACGAAACUUCAUGCUCAUGGCUUUGAUCAAGAAGCUGAAACUCUGAUAAAAAAGGUUAAAAAUGCAAUGGCUAAUGGAGAAGGAUGCAGGGUUUAUGGUGUUCUCGAUGUCCAAAGGGUUGCAGGAAAUUUUCAUAUUUCUGUUCAUGGGCUAAAUAUUUUUGUUGCUCAAACGAUUUUUGAAGGGCCUUCACAUGUCAAUGUGAGUCACAUUAUUCAUGACUUAUCAUUUGGACCAAAGUACCCUGGACUUCACAACCCUCUGGAUGGAACAACACGAAUUCUGCAUGAUACAAGUGGAACAUUCAAAUACUACAUUAAGAUUGUUCCAACUGAAUAUAGAUACAUUUCUAAAGAAGUUUUGCCAACCAACCAAUUCUCUGUUACCGAGUAUUAUUCCCCCAUGAAUGGAUAUGAUAGUAGGACAUGGCCAGCUGUUUACUUCUUGUAUGAUUUGUCACCCAUCACAGUGACAAUCAGAGAAGAACGACGUAGUUUCCUCCAUUUUAUCACUCGGCUUUGUGCAAUUCUAGGUGGUACAUUUGCUUUGACAGGAAUGCUAGAUAGAUGGAUGUACAGGUUUAUUGAGGCGGUAACAAAACCAAAAACUAGAUUCCGAUAGAGGUGGAGGCUGUACAAGUAGUACUAACUGGCAUGAACAUGUCAAGGGAGUUCUGAGCAAUGCUUAUGAAGUUCCAAGUUUUAAAUUACAGAAGCUUCUAUUUAAAGCAUAUACUGCUAGUGUCAUCUUUAGUAAAGUUCGACUUUCACCUGACCUGAACAUUUCAUUGUUUAAUGGUUUGGUAUUACUAUAUAGCCAAUAUGAACGUUGUAGCUUUUGGGGUGGAUGAUGUUUGAAGGUUGUGAUGGGUGUUGUACAUGAAUUAACUUUCUGGGGAUACAUCAUUGAUUGAUUUUAUUUUUUUGACCUUUAUAAAUUUUGAAGAUGACUAUGAUAAAGUUCGCAACUUUAUUUUGAGAGUUUAAA